GUAAACAAACACACGUGGAAGAUGGCGCUUUCAGAGCAGAAAGAGGAGAAACCUGAGGAUAUUUUAAGGGAUUUUCGUGCCUCGUUUUUCUCCAUGAACCGAUUGGCUUCGUUUCCCUGGACGUUUCUAGACAGCGAGCUGCAGAGCAACAAGUCAUCAGAGUUCAUCUCAGAGCUGCUGAAGCAGACAUGUCUUCAUCCUCUGUGUGGAAAGUUUCCACCAUCGGUCCGAUUCAGGAGGAUUUUCCUCUCUGAGCUCAUCAAACGGCAGGAGGCUGCAGGCUGCGAUCCUCUGGAUGAGCUGUACGACGCCCUGGCGGAGGUGCUGGGGGUGGAGGAGACGCUGCACUGCCACAAGAGCUACUUCCUGCCCACCGGAGACGCCAUCAGCCUUCUGGAAAACGUGGCUGUGAUCUCCGAGGGAACGACGGGCCUGGUGACCUGGGAAGCUGCUCUCUACCUGGCUGAGUGGGUUCUGGAGAACCCACAGGUGUUCACCGGCAGGUCGGUUCUGGAGCUGGGAAGUGGCGUCGGAUUGACCGGAAUCACUGUGUGCCGCUCCUGCAGCCCGGUCCGGUUCGUCUUCAGCGACUGUCACGCCGUGGUUCUGGAGAAACUCAGAGAAAACGUCCGUCUGAACGGCCUCGGCGGCGGGAAGAGUCCAUCUGUCACGGUGGACCAGCUGGACUGGACGACGGCGCCGGAGGAGCAGAUCCGCCAGAUCCGACCCGACACGGUGAUCGCUGCAGACGUGGUGUACGAUCCAGAAGUCGCAGGAAGUCUGGCGGAUCUGCUGCUGAAGAUCCUGAAAUGUUCGGCGGCGGCGGAGAUCCUGAUCUGCUCCACCGUCAGAAACCCGGAGACGUACGGCGGCUUCAAGCUGCGGCUCGAGGCUGCAGGUCUGGGCCACCAGGUUCUGACCGGACCCGUCGGCGCCGUGUUUCCCUACAACCGGCUGGCUCCAAUAGAACUCAUCAAAGUGUUCAGAGUCCAGGAAGGCUGAAGCUGCUCUUCAUCUGGGAGCCGCCAGCAGAGGCAGAACGUUCUGGUCCCAGUUAUCGUCCCAGCGCUGCCCCC